AUGGAGUCUGAGGAGAAUCUGCUGAAUGUUUUUCUGCAGCUGCUGCUGAUCGGCUCUCGCUUCAGUCUGGCGGGUCCGUCGCCCCCGGAGGAAGGAUGGCAGGUCUACAGCUCGGCUCAGGACUCUGAAGGAAGAUGUGUUUGCACGGUGGUGGCUCCACAGCAGACUGUGUGCUCCAGAGACGCUCGAACCAAACAACUCAGACAACUGCUGGAGAAGGUUCAAAACAUGAGUCAGUCCAUUGAGGUUCUGGAUCAACGGACGCAGAGGGACAUGCAGUUUGUUGAGAAGAUGGAGGUGCAGCUGAAAAGUCUUGAAAACAAAUUCAAACAAGUGGAGGAGGGCCAUGAGAGCAACAUUGCCAGGCAGUACAAGUCCAUUAAAGCCAAGAUGGAGGAGCUGCGUCCUCUCAUCCCGGUUCUGGAAGCCUACAAGGCAGAUGCUCUGCUGGUCCGACAGUUUAAAGAGGAAGCAGCCAAUGUGACGGAGCUGCUGGGAUCACUGCAGGAACAACUGGGAGGACUGGACUACCAGGAGGUCCACAGCCGGGUCAUGGACCUGGAGAACCGUCUGCGCGCCUGCAUGCAGAGGCUUGCUUGUGGGAAACUUACAGGAAUAUCAGAACCUAUCACAAUGAAAACAUCUGGGUCCAGAUUUGGUUCGUGGAUGACCGACCCGCUGGCUUCAGUUGGAGACAACAGAGUGUGGUACAUGGAUGGUUAUCACAACAAUCGCUUUGUCAGGGAGUACCAGUCAAUGUAUGACUUCAUGACAACAGAUAACUUCACGUCCCAUCGCCUGCCUCAUCCGUGGUCCGGUACUGGCCAAGUUGUUUAUAAUGGAUCCAUUUACUAUAACAAGUUUCAGAGUCACACCAUAAUCAAAUUUGACUUUAGCACAUCACUUAUCAGCCGCUCCAGACAGCUUGACUUUGCCGGUUACAACAACAUGUACCAUUACUCAUGGGGUGGGCACUCUGAUAUCGACCUCAUGGUGGACGAGGGCGGGCUCUGGGCUGUGUAUGCAACCAAUCAAAAUGCUGGCAACAUUGUGCUGAGCAAAUUAAAUCCAAACACUCUUCAAAUAAUCCGCAGUUGGACCACCAACCACCCAAAGCGAAGUGCCGGUGAGGCCUUCAUGAUCUGCGGAACAUUGUAUGUCACCAAUGGUUACUCAGGAGGAACUAAGGUUUACUACGCCUUCUCUACCAACUCCUCCACCUACGAGUACAUUGACAUUCCCCUGACCAACAAAUACAGCCACUUGUCCAUGCUCGAUUACAAUCCUAGAGACAGAGCACUUUAUGCCUGGAACAACGGCCACCAAGUUCUGUAUAAUGUAACGCUUUAUCAUAUAAUACAGUAACUAGACUGUAUUGUUCCUCUGUGUCACAGUUUGAUAUAUGAUUCUCACAUAAGACUCUACAUUUUCUCUCACAUUUUCUGACUUUAAGACAAAAGCAAUUAUUCAGAUAAUUUAUGUGCUUCCAGGGCAAAUAGGUUCACUGACUGAAACUGUUGAUCACAGCUGCAGAGAGCCAUAAAACCGACUGUUCCUCGCUCAAACCCUCUCUGCACUACACAGUUUUACAGGCGUUUCUUAGCAUGGGACGCUACAAUAAGAUGUCAGCGUGUCAAUUGUGGACAAAUAAAAAACAGCACUCUAAGAACUAUGGAACUCCAAAAGUAUUUCUGAUUUGAUAAGUUAUUUAAAUUGUUUCAGCACCAAAUAUUGGAUUAAGAUGCCUGUUGUGAAUUUUACCCAGAGCUUUCUCUUUUCAUUCACAAGUCAUAUAAACCUUAACGCUGGGCUGGAAAUCAUUAAUCAAGCUGUUAAAAACAUUUCUAUUCUCAAAGACUGCUGUAAAAAAGGUUUUUUAAAAAACCAAAAAUUAAUGAAAGUGUUUCUAGUUUAAGAAACUAACCAGAUACUCCUGGUUUUUGUAAUUUCCCAAGUCCAGACAUUUUCUUGGUACUGAAAAUAUGGAACAAAGUACUGGACUGUUAACUUUUAGAUGUUAAAAUGUUAUUUUAUUGUUAAAGAUUUUAGGAAAUUCAUUGAUUUAUUUUCCUGAAAUUGUUCCUUUUAGCCUUGAAGUCACCUGCUUUCUAAAUUACAACAAAGUGUUUAAAUAAAAUAUAUUUAUUGUUUUGGGAUUGUUUGUAUUUUUUUCAGAAUCUAUAAAUUUAGGAUUCCAAUUCAAAAUGGAAUUUUAUGAUUUUUUAAAAUGUAACAUAUCAAACAGCAAUAGUUAUUGUUCUCUUUUGCAAAAAAGUAUUGUUAGAACUUUUUGUAGGACAAGCAGAACUUUAAAGUCUGUAACUUUUCGUAUGACUUUCUGUGCUAUCAGCUUAGUUUGUGAAACAUCAUUUCUACUGAAAUAUAAACCCUUUUUUCCUGAAUAACAAAAAUCCACAUUUACUUAAAUGAUGAUAAUAUUCUAUGGUGUUUCUCAGUUUUUUUUUUGUUGUUUUUUUUUACAUACAAGCAGAUUUUUUUAUAGACUCAGAAAAUUAAUUUAUUGGCUUGUGAAAUAAUUUUGUUCAUUUUGGUGUUUGGUGCCAUGUAAAGUAAUCCAAAUGGAUCCAUUAAUUAUAGAUAUGGUUAACAGUUUGACUGUUUAUUCUAUUGGUUUGUGUAGAUUUUGUGUAACCAUUAAUACAAGUCAAGAAUCAACAUGAACAUUUUCACUGUUUUGUGUAGAUUAAGCAAAUAAAAGUGGGAACUGUGCAGAUAUGUGGA